GUUCUCGCGUCUCGCGAGCGUUCGAGUGAUUGGCGGAGGCGGAGGAGCUUGGUUGGCUGCUAUAUGCUGUGAGGCCGAGGGUGAUAGGAGCAGAGACCAUGUUCCGAGCUGUGGCACCUGCGAAACUCCGGCGGGCGGCCUCGCUACUACGAUUUCAGAGUACCUUGGUAAUAGCUGAGCAUGCAAAUGAUACCCUAGCGCCCAUUACAUUAAAUACCAUCACUGCAGCCAAACGUCUUGGAGGUGAAGUAUCUUGCUUGGUAGCUGGAACUAAAUGUGACAAGGUGGCACAAGAUCUCUGCAAAGUAGCAGGUGUAGCAAAAGUUUUGGUGGCUCAGCAUGAUGCAUACAAAGGUCUUCUCCCAGAGGAGCUGACACCACUGAUCUUGGAAAGUCAGAAGCAGUUCAAUUACACGCACAUCUGUGCUGGAGCAUCUGCCUUUGGAAAGAACCUUUUGCCCAGAGUAGCAGCCAAACUUGAUGUUUCAACUGUUUCUGACAUCAUUGCAAUCAAGUCACCGGACACAUUUGUGAGGACUAUUUAUGCAGGAAAUGCCUUAUGUACCGUGAAGUGUGAUGAAAAAGUGAAGGUGUUUUCUGUCCGUGGAACAGCUUUUGAAGCUGCAACAACAAGUGGAGGUAGUGCCAGUUUGGAGAAGGCAUCAAGUACUUCUCCAGCUGGAAUUUCAGAAUGGAUUGAUCAGAAAUUAACAAAAAGUGACCGACCAGAACUAACUGGUGCUAAAGUGGUGGUAUCUGGUGGUCGGGGCUUGAAGAGUGGAGAGAACUUUAAGUUGUUAUAUGACUUGGCAGAUCAACUACAUGCUGCAGUUGGUGCAUCACGGGCUGCUGUUGAUGCUGGCUUUGUUCCCAAUGAUAUGCAAGUUGGACAGACAGGAAAAAUAGUAGCACCGGAACUUUAUAUUGCUGUAGGAAUAUCUGGAGCCAUCCAACAUUUAGCUGGGAUGAAAGACAGCAAGACAAUCGUAGCUAUUAACAAAGACCCAGAAGCUCCCAUUUUUCAAGUGGCAGAUUAUGGAAUAGUCGCCGACUUAUUUAAGGUAGUUCCUGAAAUGACGGAGAUACUGAAGAAGAAAUGAGUCCAAAAUAUCUUAAGGAAAAUUAUACCAGAAUAUUCUGAAAAAGUCAUAGAAAUUCGUGGAUAUGAUGACAGUUAUGAAAAUCAUGGAGAUCCAUAUUUCAUAAUUUGAGGGAAAAGUCUGACAAAUACCAGAAAGCUUUUUUAUGGGACUAUUCUUUUUAAUAUUUGUGGUUUCAAGCUUUUUUUUGGGAAAAACUGUAAUUCUAUAAUGAGAUACAUAAUAAAAACCUUUCACUAUCA